AUGUCACUGAAAACUCCGUUUGGCGGUGAUGGGAGUUACUCUGAGUCACAGCCUCCCUACUCCUCCCAGCAUCAGAGUAUGUUCCAGCUCCUCUCCCACUGCUGGUCUAGGCUGCAGGCCAUACAGGAACCAAUCAGGAAAGUGACCCUCCUUGUCGUGGGCCUGGACAAUACAGGGAAAACCUCCCUCAUAAUGGAGAUACAGAGAGUGCUCUCGUGUGAGGUGCUCCCCACAACAAAGCCUAACCAGACAGAACUCAGAGUGGACCGGUUUGAAGUCUCCCUUAUCGACCUAUCUGGGGGGCAGAGGUUGCGGGGCACAUGGCGUAAUCACUACGGUGACACUCACGGGAUUAUCUUUGUUCUGGACUCCAGCGAUGUGCUGCGGAUGGAAGAGGCCAAGAGAACCUUGGGCCGUCUUCUGGCUCACCCUAGGAUUUCAGGGAAGCCCCUGUUACUGCUGGCCAAUAAACAGGACAAGGUUGAUGCCCUCCUCCCAUGUGAGCUGAUCGAAUGCCUGUCCCUGGAGAAGCUUGUGAAUGAAAACAAGUCACUGUGCCGCAUCGAGCCAUCUUCAGCAACCAAAAGUCUGCAUAAAAGCCAGUCCCGGACCAUCCUGCAGGGACUCCGCUGGCUCCUGCACACCAUUGCCAUCAACUACAGUGUCCUGAGUGCCCGGGUACAACAAGACAGCCCUGACCAGCCAGCCCCCCGAGAGCAAGAGGCUCCCAGGAGAGCAGCGCGGGCCCACAGCCAGACACGUGGGGAGAGGCCGUUGCUGGCCCGAAGGGCGAGUUCCCAAGAAGGAAGCGCCAAGAUAGGGGAGUACAAACCAUUACAGCCCAUCCAGAACACACUCUCACAGGAGGAAGGCCCAAAGGUACCCAAGAGAAGGAGAAAGAAGGGGAAGGUGAAGAAGAAAGGGUUGGUGCAGUGUGGGAGCAUGGCUGAUGAAGAGGAAGGGAAAGCUUGGGGAGGAGAGAACAGAGCAAGUGCUGCAGUUGGGCUCCUCCACAGCAACAGAGUUGGCCAGGAGAAACCACUCCCCCAGGGGACAACUCCUCUCCCAGCAGGUAACAGUAUUAGUAGACGUCAGACUGAAAGAAGUCAUCUUCUUGCUGGACUUAAAACUACCCUUUCUUUAGAGCUAGCUUAUGUGGGUGAGUGGUGGCAGCGAGCCAAGCAGGAAGCUACCCCAGCCACUGAUGCAGAAUGA